AUGGCAUCCACUACCACUAAGCUUCAUGGCCGCGCUUUCUACGAGAGUAUCGGAUGCCCCAAAUAUGUCGUCGCGCCCAUGGUCGAUCAGUCCGAGUUUGCAUGGCGACUACUCACGCGAUCUUUUCUGCCUCCGGAUCUACGAAGGAGUAUUCUCGCCUACUCACCCAUGUUCCAUGCAAAGCUCUUCGCUGAGUCGCCAAAGUACCGCAACUCCCACUUCGAGGCUCUGAAGGAGGAUGGCGAGGCAUACCUUGACGGUAAUGAAGAGUUUGACCGACCACUCUUCGUACAAUUCUGCGCCAACGACCCUGAACAUUUGCUCGAAGGCGCGAAGCAAGUGCAGAAGUACUGCGAUGCGGUGGACUUGAACCUAGGCUGUCCGCAGGGUAUUGCGAAGAGAGGACAUUAUGGUGCCUUUCUGCAGGAGGAUUGGACGACGAUACAUAAGCUUAUACGAAAGUUGCACGAUAACCUUGAUAUUCCUGUGACGGCGAAGAUGCGCAUACUAGAGACGAAGGAGAAGACGCUGGAGUACGCGAAGAUGAUUCUCGAUGCAGGUGCGAGUAUAAUCACAGUCCAUGGAAGGCAAAGAGAGCAGAAAGGCCAUUACACUGGCCUUGCAGACUGGACUGUCCUGCGAUAUCUGAGGGAGCAGCUACCGUCGGACACUGUGAUGUUCGCUAAUGGGAACAUUCUGCAGCACGAGGAUAUCAAAGAGUGUAUGGAGGCUACGAAAGUGGAUGGUGUAAUGACUGCGGAAGGCAAUCUAUACGAUCCCAGCAUCUUCGCCACACCACCGCCUGCUGGCGAAGAGGGCAGAGAAUAUUGGCGUGGGAGGGAUGGGAAGGGAGGGUACAGAGCUGAUGCUGUGCUAAGGCGGUAUCUGGAUAUUAUCCACAAGCAUACUAUGCGAAGAGAACCACCACAACGAGCGCCACUAUUCCUGCCUACGGAUUCGCCGUUCACGCAAACAGCUGAGGCUGAAGCUCAGGAUGAUGAGCGGCCUGCAAAGAAGCAGAAGUUUGAUCACUCCACCACAGCAGACUCGAAUGAUACACCCGAUGACCACAAAAGGACGAAUGGCAUGGCCACCAAUGCCACUGCUCCCGCCCCUGUGUCAAAGAAGCAGCAAAAGAAGCAGCAAGCCAAGGAGCAGCAUAAGCAAAAGGAGAAUCGCGAGAAAGUGACGAACGCCAACUUAGUGGCAAUGCAAGCACAUUGCUUUCACAUCUUACGCUCCUUGGUCUCCAAGCAUCACGCCGUCCGAGACGCUCUAGCACGCUGCAAAGCCGGCGACAUUGACGCGUAUGAGAACAUGCUCACCUUGACAGAAGCUGCAGUCAAAGAGGGCCUGCUAGCAUACCACGCCAACCCUGCCGACUUUGAGGAGAGUGAAGACGAUCCACCUGCUACCGAGGCCCUGGACAAUGACAAUACGGAGUCCAGUACCGAAGCUGUGAGACGAUGCAAGAAGCCGUACUGGGUCUGCCAGCCCUAUGUCCGACCUCUGCCGAAGGAGGCGCUGGAAAAGGGUAGUGUGCAGCUUAGUAAGAAGCAGCUGCGGAAGAUUGAGCAGGACAGACAGGAGGAACGUAACGCUGGUGUGGCGGCGGGUGGUAAAGUCGAGAAUGUAGAGAAGGAUGUGAGGAGAGAAGUGCUCAGUGAUGGCGAUAAGGGAGUGGCAGCAGGAGACUUGAGGGUGCCGAAGGAGGGCAUGGUUUGUGGUUGA